AUGUGGCGAUUAUUCAAUUGGACCUCAAGCACCCAAGGAAGUCUAUCCCCGAGGGGCCUGCCAGCAUCAUGGUAUCGCUCUGAAGCCAUGUAUCAGCUCGAGCGUCGUGCCAUUUUCUCCAAAAGAUGGCUUCUCCUCACGCAUUCCAGCCGGUUCACCAAAGCUGGGGACUUUAUCUCAUUCACAGUCGCCAAUUUCUCAUUUUUCCUGAUACAAGACCGCGAUGGGAACAUCAACGGAUUCCAUAAUAUAUGUCGACACCGCGCAUUUCCAGUCGUUCAAGCUCAAUCAGGCUUCACCUCGAUCUUGAGCUGCAAAUACCACGGAUGGUCGUACGGCCUUAAGGGAAAUCUAGCAAAAGCACCACGCUUCGAAACGGUUCCGGAAUUCGACAAGAGGCAACAGGGCUUACUGCCAAUAAAUGUUCAUAUCGAUAAAGCGGGUUUUGUCUGGGUGAACCUGCAAGCCGGAAAUCCUGAUGUCAAGUGGGAGGACGAGUACCAGCGCAUCGACGAACAGCCGAGAAUGCAGGAUUUCGACUUUGCUGGGGAAUACACCUUCGACCAUUACUGGGAUAUGGAUGUGGAAGCCAAUUGGAAGGGAUUGAUUGAGAAUUACAAUGAGUGUUAUCAUUGUGCAACCUCUCAUCCUCUUAUCAGUGGUGUUUCGGAUCUACCACGGUAUCGGGUUGAGCCUAAGGCUGGCUAUAUGGAACACCAUAUCUUUAAUAAAGAGAAUACCGAUGCGCAGUUUCGACGGGCGAUCACUUACUUCUUCCCGACUACUUCUGUAACAGUCACGUAA